AUGGACUCUAACCGAAACGAUAGGGAAGGAGAACUCGAAAUUCCUUCAUCACAAAUCAAAAGUCGCAGUAUCAAUACUGAGACCAACUUGACUGCUGUUAACGAUGCUAAAACACAUACAUUGGCUCGUAUGCUGCGUCUCCAACGAUGCUUCGAGGAAAACAUGAAUGUACUCUAUGACUUCUGCUCGUUAUACGUCUCGGAAUGGCCAUUGUUAACGCUAGAAUGGAUACCCGCGUUAACAAUCAGUGAUCCAAGUUGUGACUACACAUUGAAAUAUCUAGCUGUCGGGAUGCAGGCUUCUAAAGGAAAGCCUAAUCAGGUUCAGCUGAUGGAGGUAGCUUUGCCUAGCGUGCAGAAUACGGACGAUGGGGGCUACAGCAUUAGUAGUGCCGGCAUGAGGCCCGCUACUGAUCCAGGAAACCAAUUCCAGCAUGUGCGUGGACAUUGUUGCUUUCAACACGUCAUCACAGUGGAUUCUCCAGUGUUAAAGAUACGGGCAGGCUCGAUCAAUACGCAUUUAGUUGCGGUUAAGGCGGGUAGUGGAUUUAUCGGCGUGUACAACCUGGCUCAAGACGAGAACAUGUGUGGGCGGGAGCACGCUCUCCUGAAAAUCGUUCUACGUGGUCACCGUUCUGGUGGCUUUGGGCUUGCAUGGAACCCUGUAAGGGCGGGAAUCAUUGCAAGUGGUGGCGACGACUGCUAUGUAAACUAUUGGGAUAUACGACAUGCCAUCGACUGCACCACCGUAGACUGUGAGGCGCGGGAGCUAAGCGUGUUGCCGGAUGCCACAGGGAGCGAUGCAUGGCCGAUUGGCCGCUUUGUAGGCCACCGGGACGUUGUGACGGAUGUGUCGUGGCACGCGUCGGAGGACCACCUGCUGGUGUCCUCCAGCCUGGACGGCGAUGUGCGGUUCUGGGACACGCGCUUCAACGCCCGCCCGACAACGCUGAUAGAGGCUCACAAGGGAGGCGCGACCGCUGCCCAGUUUCACCCGACCGGGGUCUUCCAGCUUGUGACAGCCGGUGUCAGGGGGGAAGUUAGCUUCUGGGACACUCGCUGGCCCAAGGAACCAUUUAUGACGAUUCACUACCACAACCAGUGCGUCACAGGCCUUCAGUGGUCGCCUUUCAGUAAGACCAUCUUAGGGAGCUUCAGCGAGAGCGGUCAGGUGGUCAUCUGGGAUCUCGACAAAAGCCACCUGCCACCGGGCUACUCAGAGAAUGAUAUGGCGCCACCGGAGGUGGCUUUUGUUCAUAUUGGGCAUCUAGGGCCUGUUACAGACCUGUCGUGGUGCCCAGAAGAAAGGGACGCUUGGAUAAUGGCGUCAGCCGAUGCUUUAAAUGGGAUCCAUGUCUAUAGACCGAAGUUGAGCAUAUUGAGGGAUUACAUAGUAACCCUCUAA